AUGGCAGAAAAGUGCGUCCACCAGGGCUGCGGCAAGCUCUACACCGAUGCCGACGAGCCAUGCGUCUACCACCCCGGCCCUCCAGUCUUCCAUGAAGGCCAAAAAGGUUGGAAAUGCUGCAAGCCCCGCGUUCUUACCUUUGAGGAGUUCAUGACUAUUCCCCCAUGCACAACCGGCAAGCACUCCACAACCGACCUGCCGCCGAAGAUUGAGCAGAAGCCCCAAGCGGACCCCGCCGCGGCACCCUCCCUACUCGACAAGCUCGCCACCUCGGCCGACGAACCAGGACGCAAGCCCCUAUCUCAAGCCGCCCAGGCCGCGCCCUCCCCUCCGCCGCCAGCGCCCGAGUCCGAGUCCGACGACGCCUCCCUCGAGAUCCCCGAUGGUACCACCUGCCGUCGCAAGGCCUGCUCAGCCACCUUCCACAAGGGCGCCUCCCGCGAUGGCGAGUCCUGCGUCCACCACCCCGGAGUCCCCAUCUUCCACGAGGGCUCCAAGGGUUACAGCUGCUGCAAGCGCCGCGUGCUCGAGUUCGACCAGUUCAUGAAGAUCGAGGGCUGCAAGACCAAGAACCGUCACCUCUUCAUCGGCAGCGGCAAGAAGAAGGCUGCGGCGGCCGGUGGUGAGGAGAAGCUCGACACCGUCCGCACCGACUUUUACCAGACGCCCUCUACCGUCAUCGCCUCCUUCUUCCUCAAGAAAAUUGUCAAGGAGUCGGCCAAGAUCGACUUCAAGCCGCAGUCCAUCGCACUCGACCUGCCUACGUCGGACUCGCCGCCCAAGCGCUACACCGCCGAGGUGCCCUUGUUCGCGCCCAUCGAUGUGGAGAAGUCCACCUUCAAGGUCCUCGGCACUAAGCUUGAGGUAAACCUUGCUAAGGCCGGCAGUGAGUCGUGGCCAGUCCUGCGGAGUGACGACCGUCUCACCGGGGAGAUAUUACAAAUCGGCAAGGCGGGACGUCUACAGUAG